AUGGCACCAAGCCGACUCCGGUGCUGCAGCCGAUCGUCAGGCGCAGGCACAGUCUACGUGACGAUUGGAUGGUGCAUCCUGGCCCUGACGAGCUUGCUGGUGCUCUGGUGGCUGGGCAGCGGUGACAUGGCGGCCGUGUGGAACGAGUUUGGCUCGGCUCCCAAGGGACCAGAAAACGACGACGGUGGCGACGACGACAUGCUCGUGUCAUCGGACAUCAUGGGGCGACUGCCUGUGAUUCUGCUGACGGAUGACGCCCCGGGACUCGAAGGUCCGCUGCUGCUCGAGGACGACGGGGCAGCAACGGUGUCCCAUCCGUGCUUCCUCAGCGUCGCCCGCGCAUCGGCGUGGCCAGCUGAAAGCGAUCUGAACGUCCUUGUCAUUGGCGGAGCUGGGUUUGUUGGAUCGCACAUUGCCUUGCGAAUAGCGGAAUUGCCACGCGCCAAUGUCGUGGUGCUCGACCUGAUGGACAACUCGGCGGAUGCCCGGAUACGCGCAGACCGCGUUGCAUUGAUGCGCGCAAAGCAAGUCAUGGUCAUGAAGGGAGAUGCAAGCAAUCGGCAGCUCUUGACACAGCUGUUUGAGCUUCAGGGACCAUUCACGCACGUCGUAUUUGCAAGCGGCGACGAGCCAGCGGCAGCAAUGUGGCGAGAAGCUGCCGCGUCGUUGAGCUCCAGUGAGAAUGGCGGAGUAGACAUGCUCAGCCACGUGAACAAGCGCUUGAACGAUUCGCACGUCGAUUGGGCGCAGGAGGCAGCGGCUCGCGAAAAGCUUCUUCAACCAGACCGCGUCGCGGUGGAUACGUUUGGCUCGGGUUCGCCCAUGCCGCUAUUGGACGUGGUUGCAGUCCCAGAUCUCACUCUAACCCGAGGAAUCGUCGGCGCAUUUGGCAGCGUUUUGGACGUGGCAAGGUCCCAAGAGCGCGCGCUUCGUCCUCGCAUCAUUCUGCUGUCGUCUUACGGCCUUUACGGCGACCGUGCAACGAUGCCUGUGGGUCAGCCGCUCGCCGCGGACGACGUCGCCGACGACGACGCUCCACAAUCCCCGUCGAGCGGAAGCUCCAAAGACGAACACGACGUUGAGCUCACCCAGCACCACUCCUUCCGCUGGACACCAGAAGACUUUGUUCAGGAGACGCAUGCAACGGACCGAGUCCAGGAUCUCGAGUCGGCGCUUUUGAAAACGACCGAGGGCAUGGCGUACGCGUACCACCACCUCCAUGGUUUGAUGGUUACCACCCUGCGGCUACCGCGAGUGUACGGCCCGAUGCAAGGCUCGCACGCCUUCCUGACGCCACUGCUCGAGCGCACAGCAAAGCAUUCCGCCCGUCGGCAACUUGUCGAGCUGCUGCAUGUCAACGAUGCCUCGGCUGCAGUGAUGGCUGCAAUUCAGUACGGGAGCACAUGCGACAUUGUCAAUGCAGGAUCAGGCCUGCUGCACAGGGUGGAUGAAAUCUUGGACUAUGUCGACAACUUUCAUCGCGGUCAGCGAGUACCAGACUGGGAGCAGCUCGCUGCCGCCGCCCUGUCGCCCGUCAGCACCGAUCGAGCCGCGCAGCUUCUUGGCUGGCAACCCACCACUGAGCUGCACGUCGGCCUCGCAGAGACUUUCAACUGGUGGCUGGAUCGCGUUCAAAGCUUCCAGGCCAAGUGGGCUCCACUUGGUGCGUACAGCUUUCAGAGCGCGGCAAGCAAGGGUGACAUCGGUCAAGCAGCAGCCGCCCAGCACCGAGCUGUUCCAGAAUCGUCGCCGCCGCCCAACACAGUGAUGACGACCCCGGUGGACCUUGUUCUUACUUGCUACUUUACCAGCGAUGUUGAUCCUCAGCGAAGCGAAAGCACUCCGCCCAACAUGUACUUUUACAUGGCGCGCUGGUACGAGUCCAUGCACGAGCUGGGACUGCGCGGCGUGAUCUUCCACGACCAGUUGAGCGCAGAGUUUGUCGCGCGUUACACGUCCGACCUAAUCUCGUUUGUGCACGUGUCGGAUCUCCAUCACCGCUCCACCAACGACGCUCGGUUUUACGUGUACAACGCCUACCUGAAGCAGCAUGCCGAGGUCCGGAGAGUGCUGAUGACCGACAUCAGCGACGUCUACUUUCUACGCAACCCUUUCGAGAUGAUGUCGGCGCUGCAGGAUCGUCGCCUGCUGGUCGGCUCGGACAUUGACAUGUUUCCAACCAUGAAAUCCAUGGGCUGGCUGGAGCCGCGCUUGGCAAAGUGCUUUGGCGAAGGAAGCGGCGACCCAGGCGGCAAAGUGCACCCGGUGAUGAGCCUGUCACAAGUAUACAAUGCUGGCGUCAUUGGGGCGCAUCGCAGCCUGGUCGAAACCCUGCUUCAACGUAUUUGCGACGAGCUCGACGCAACGCCACCCGAGACCAACUGCAACAUGGCUGUUAUCAACUAUGUCAUCCACCGUUGGUUUGAAAACCAUGUGUUUACGGGGUAUCCGCUUACGAGUCGCUUCAUGCGUCGCCAGCAGGCGCCUCGAGGGGUGUACAUUGUGCAUAAAUGA